AUGGCCGCACAGCAAUCGCAGGGUAUUCAGACCCUUCUCGAGGCUGAGAAGGAGGCUGCCAAGAUUGUCUCAAAGGCACGAACUUACCGAACGCAGAAGCUCAAGGACGCACGCAGCGAAGCAUCAAAGGAGAUUGAGCAGCUCAAGGCCCAGAAGGAGAAGGAGUUCAACGAUUUCCAGAAGGAGCACGAGGGAUCCACCUCCAGCUCGCAGACCACCGUGGACAAGGAGACCGAAGAGAAACUCGAAGAACUCAACAAGGCGUUCGACUCGAACCGCGAACAGGUCAUCAGCAAGCUGCUUGAUCGCGUCGUCGACGUCAAGACCGAGCUGCACAGGAAUCUCCAGCUUCAGCAGAAGGCCUGA